AGUCGCUCUUUUCCGCUUGCAACGAAAGCCACCUCCACCCACUCACACCCCAACAAGUACCGGUGCUAUUGACUCCAAGUCGCCGAUAGAGUCUCUGUCUCCGUGCCGAUAACUUUGUGAAAGGGAGAGAAAGAAGCGCAAGGGAGAUGGGCAACGCUGAGAGCUCUUCCGAGUUCCCAUCUCGUGAUCCCGGCGAAAGUGACCAUGAUCGGAACAAGAAAUCGGCAGAGGAAGAAAAGCCGCCGUCCUCCGCAGCGGCCACGGCGCUGAAGGUGGGCGCGGCGGUGGCAGGCACCGCCCUCUUGGCGCUGGGAGCGUGGAGCGCCGCGUCGUCGUCGUCUUCGGGCUCUAGUAAUCGCCGUGACAUAACGAUGGAGGGGUUAGACACCAGAGGCAGCAGCAGUGGCACUGGUCGUAGUCAUCUCCAAGGUUCUUCCCAAUAUCCUGCCUCCUAUCAGCUGGGAGAUGGUGAUCGGAAUCUUGCCUCGAGAAUGAUAAAAAUCAUGAGUUAUAAUGUCUGGUUUUGUGAAGAUGUGCAAGUGCUUGACAGAAUGCGAGCAAUUGGCCGCCUUGUACAGGAGCAUCGCCCGGAUCUGAUUUUCUUUCAGGAGGUCACACCUAAUAUCUAUGGAAUCUUUCAAAGAUCUGAUUGGUGGAAAGACUAUAACUGUUCAGUUCCGCCCGAGAGGGCGACUAGAAAAUAUUUCUGCAUGCUGUUGAGUAAGUUACCUGUAAAAGGAUUUCUGUGUGCGCCAUUUGAGAACUCGACAAUGGGAAGAGAACUCUGUUUAGCUAAUGUCGAUGUGGGGAUGGGCAAGAACCUGAUUGCUGUCACCACCCACCUUGAGAGCCCCACUCCUCGGGGAAUGAAUAGUGAAGAACGGGUGGCUCAGGCUAAAGGGGCUCUCAACGGUCUUAACCGUUAUACAAAUGUUGUUUUCGGUGGUGACAUGAACUGGGAUGAGGUCUCAGAUGGGCCUUUUCCUCUUGAUGGAUGGGCUGAUGCCUGGACAGAUCUUAGACCUGGAGAAAAUGGAUGGACUUAUGAUACCAAGUCCAACCAAAUGCUGAAAGGUAACUUUCUUCAGUUGCAGAAGAGAUUGGACCGGUUCAUAUGCAAAUUAGCAGAUUUCAAAUUGAUCGAUAUAAAAAUGAUUGGAAUGGAGGCGAUACCGGGCCUUUCAUACUACAAGAAGAGGAUGGAGCUCCCUGUUUUUCCCAGUGAUCAUUUUGGGUUACUUUUAACUAUGUGCCUGAUGCAAUAAUGGUUGAAAGAAUAAUGAGGAGCUUCAGAGGAUUUGAAGACUCUUGAAUAUAAAGCAGUGUCAUGGUGGAUAUCCUUAUAUAUGUGGCUUGUGUUAAUAUUUGAGAUAGAAUGAGUGCGUAGUAUCUUGUUGUGGGUGAGUAGAAUGGUACCAGAGUAACAUGAGACUUGGAGCUCAUGGUAUGAAGUGACAAUAUCUUGUCUUGUGACUAUUCUGUAACCGUAAAUGACUUUUGAAAUGGUGGUGUGAUUUCUCUAGUUCACAGCUAAUGACUUGUUUUCAUCUUCAGAAAUUCAGUAUUUGUCAGUUGUUAC